AUGCCUGCAGGAAUGAAUAAACAUGGAUCUCGAUCUACUACCUCUUUGCCCCCGGAUCCCAUGGAGAUUGUCAGGAGCAAAGCUUGUUCCAGAAGGGUCAAGCUUAAUGUGGGGGGCUUGGCACAUGAGGUUUUAUGGCGAACCUUGGACAGGUUACCACGGACAAGAUUGGGUAAACUCAGAGAUUGCAAUACUCAUGAAUCCCUGAUGGAUAUAUGUGAUGACUAUAACUUGGAGGAGAAUGAAUAUUUCUUUGAUAGGCACCCAGGGGCAUUUACUUCUAUCUUGAACUUUUACCGCACAGGCAAGUUGCACAUGAUGGAGGAAAUGUGCGCCUUGUCCUUCAGCCAAGAACUGGACUAUUGGGGAAUUGAUGAAAUUUAUCUAGAAUCUUGUUGCCAGGCAAGGUAUCAUCAGAAAAAGGAACAGAUGAAUGAAGAGCUCAAGAGAGAAGCAGAAACCAUGCGUGACAGGGAGGGAGAGGAAUUUGAUAACACUUGCUGUGCAGAGAAGAGAAAAAAACUCUGGGACCUUUUGGAGAAGCCCAAUUCUUCUGUAGCAGCCAAGGUAAUAUCCAAUCUAUCCAUUCUUGAUCUGUGA